GGCUGACUUAUUCAACACCGCCACUAACAAAUUAACAUUGGCGAUACCAUAAUAAAAUAGGUACCUACCUAGGUACCUUAGUAACCUGUAAAAUGCAAUGAGACGAUGUAAUCAAAUAUGUUUUUUAGUAAAAAGAGAAGUUAGAAUCCGUCAAACUAUUAUACACACUUAUUACUUUUGCUAGGGUUUAUGUCAAAAAUUCUUGUCAGUCUCUUAGCAGGGAUCUCCUCUCGACUGCUCGUCACUCGGGGUCAUCGCGCCUUCACGACCUAUUCAGCGUUCCCUUUACAACGUAACCUCGUGCGCCGCAUCCACUCUAUCCGCUCUAUCAGCUCUAUCGCCACCAAUAUGGCAUCUGCCGACGAGCCUUCGGAAAGCGACCCUAUAGCAUCUUCGAGCGAACCCAAGGAUACUACCGCGGUGCCGGGAGCAGGGCAAAACCAGGCGACGAAGCAAGAGAAGGAAGAAAAGAAACUUCCGCCCCUCAAGGGAGCUGAAUUCCGUGCCAAGAGCAAGAGCAAGUCGUCGUCGCGAGGUGGGCGGUCUAUCAUAAACGACGGGCUGGCGUUCGUCUCUCAGCUCGAGAUGCACCAUAGCAUCGAGGAGACGUAUAUAUUCCCCGUAUUGGCUCGGCGGAUGCCCGAGUUUCGGACCGACGGAAAGGGCGGUAAGAACGCGGCGGAGCUGUUGCGCCAGCACGAAGAGAUUCACAAGGGCAUGGAGGGCAUGCAAAAAUACCUUAGGAGUUGUCGCGACGGCGAGCAGGAUCUUGACAUGGCGACGCUGAAGUCGCAGAUGGAGACCUGGGGAACCGUAUUAUGGACUCAUCUCGAUCAAGAGGUCACAACGCUGGGUGCUGAGAACAUGAGGAAGUACUGGACUGCCGAGGAAAUUAGGAGAAUACCCAUGUAGUGCCUAAUACAG